AUGCCUGGUGAAGAGAACUCACCAGAUGAAGAUGGCCCGAAAUAUAAAAUCUCCAGCUUUCUUUUUGGGAACGUUAACAAAGAAGGACAAAUCGAGGAAUAUCAACAUGAUGUUGAAUUGAAAUCUAUCAAUAACUUAGAUCGAUGCCACGUGAGAGAAGUGGAAGAAGCUGCUUCAGACGUGCUUUCUGACAGUAGUGUUAUACCUUCAGUUUCACCAGAGGAUGGUGGUGUUCGGCCUAUUGACAAUAUAAGCUCAAUAGACUACUAUAACGAAGAAGAAACGUUGGCAGAAGAAAUUGUGGAGAAGGUCUUAUACGACAUGAAGCCUGAAAAAAUUGUAGAGGUAUCUUUUGUCGCAAGCUUUUUAGGUUGUUAA